AUGCAUCGACAGCAUCGCUCUCCAUCUCGCUUCUUUGUUCAACAAAUUUUGUGCAAAAUCUCUAACCUCGGAGAAGCUGCUCAAGUGAUUGAAGAAAGAGAGAUUCAGCAGAGUGAAUUGUGGAGGAGUAAGAGCAAGAGACCCGAUUCCCGAUCGCGCAUGCACGCAGUGCCCUCCUCACUCCCACUCCAGCCUGCCAGCCCUCCUGUUCGCGUCACUGCCAACGCAGCGGUGACUGCAACUCGCGUGACUCCACAAGUGUCAGUUUUCAAGGUUGAUCCUGCGUUAUUUGUUCCUGCGGCCGAUGCUGGGGCGCUUCCUCUGCCCUUUUUUGAGAAGAGGAAGUAUCUUCUCGUUGAAAGUAUCAUUAAAUGCGGUGUCAAAGUAGACGCCGUAAACUACAAGGAGUAUGACUUCAAGCAUGCCAAGACUGCUGACCUCGUAGUGUCUGUCGGUGGCGACGGGACCUUUCUAACCGCUGCCGUUAGGAUUACCGAAAAGGAUAAACCCAUCAUUGGGAUCAACAGCAAUCCCGUUUCUCGGCGCUUCCGCCAGCGAAUUCGACUUCUCGUUUCGACGCCGUCGGCCCAGCUGAUACCUCUCGAUACCGUUACUCCGCGUUUAUUUGAGCCGCGUGCACCACAUUCGCGCCCCUCCGACGAGGAUGGUGGGGAGGAUCCAGCAGUUGCUACCCUACCUCCUACCUACCUCCUUCCUGUGCGGGUGUUAAACGAUGUUUUUAUCAGUGCUUGUUUGAACACCAGGGUCUCCCGUUACGAGAUAUCAGUGGAGGAGGCGACGCCGGUGACUCAGAAAUCGAGCGGUCUGCUGGUGUGCACAGGUACUGGUUCCUCCUCGUGGUACCGAAGCCUCCACCAGGUAGAUGUCCACCUCGUCGCGCGCCUUCUCUCUCUCGCCUCUGACUCUCAUCCCGAUGUCACUGUAGCCGCCGAGGUUGCUGAGCGCUUCAACCGUGAUCUGGUCUUCCCCCCCGAUUCUCCUCUUAUGGCCUACUCUGUUCGCGAAAUAAUCACUAACCAUGUCUUUAAAUUUGGUUCUCCUCGCGGUUUUGCAAAAAAAUUACGAGUGGUUUCACGUAUGGAGGAUGCGUACCUCUGCAUUGACGGGUGGCUGGCACUGCCUUUCGAGGACGGCGACUCCGUUGAGCUCUCCAUACACCCCGAUGAUGCGCUUUGCGUGAUCGACUUCCAUGACAGCACCCUUGGCUGA